CUUACAACCAAACGCACCGCAAACGUUGUUUUGCCUUGCUUAUAUCCCAAAACCGCGUUGUUUUAACUCAAAAAUCACUCAUAAAUAAACAGAAAUAAGCCCAAAAUGGAUUCUGAUUUAUACGAUGAGUUCGGUAACUACGUCGGUCCUGAACUAGACAGUGAUGAUGACGAUGACGAGCCCGAUAAUCUCCAAGACGACGAUGAACAACAAGAAUACGAUGAUGAGCAUAUGGACGAUUCCGAGCCACAACCCAUGGCUAUUGUCCUCCAUGAAGACAAAAACUACUAUCCAUCAGCUUUACAAGUUUAUGGACCUGAUGUAGAAACAAUUAUUCAAGAGGAAGAUGCACAAGCUUUAGAUGUCCCCCUAGUAGAACCAGUAAAGAAGAAAAAGUUCCAACUUAAAGAGCAGGACCUUCCUGAUACUACAUACAGCAUGGAGUUUUUGGCUGAUAUGAUGGAUAAUACAUCACUAAUCAGAAAUGUAGCCCUUGUGGGACAUCUCCACCAUGGCAAAACAACAUUUGUUGACUGUCUCAUCAGACAAACUCAUCCAGAUUAUCAAGAUAAUGAAGAGAAAAACCUAAGAUACACUGAUAUGUUAUUCACUGAACAAGAAAGAGGCUGUUCUAUUAAAUCCGUUCCUGUGACACUUCUCCUGCCUGAUAUUAAAUGCAAAAACUACUUGAUGAAUAUUUUUGAUACACCAGGUCAUGUAAACUUCUCUGAUGAAGUAACAGCUGCAAUGCGUCUCUGUGAUGGCAUAGUCCUCUUUAUAGACGCAGCUGAAGGUGUAAUGCUAAACACUGAACGUCUCCUCAAACACGCCGCGCAGGAACGUCAGCAAAUCACUGUCUGCAUCAAUAAAAUUGAUCGCCUCAUGCUGGAACUCAAACUUCCGCCACAGGACGCGUAUUAUAAACUGCGUCAUAUUGUCGAGGAAGUAAACGGCCUUCUAACUUUAUAUUCCGAUGAUGCCAAUCCUUAUAUUGUAUCACCUGUGCUCGGAAAUGUUUGUUUCGCCAGUUCGCAAUACGGCGUAUGUUUCACGUUGAAAUCUUUCGUGAAUAUUUACAGUCAGUAUUACGAAGGGGUUAAUAUCGAAGAAUUCUCGAAAAGAUUAUGGGGGGAUAUUUAUUUCAACAACAAAACUCGCAAGUUUACCAAAAAAGCACCGCAUAAUUCAGCACAGAGAAGUUUUGUCGAGUUUAUACUCGAACCACUUUAUAAAAUCUUCGCGCAAGUUGUUGGAGAUGUAGAUUCAAGCCUUCCUGAAGUUUUGGACGAGUUGGGGAUUAAAUUAAACAAACAAGAGUUGAAGUUGAAUAUAAGACCGUUGCUGCGAUUAGUUUGUAAUCGUUUUUUGGGAGAUUUCAGUGGUUUUGUUAAUAUGUGUGUGGAACAUAUUAAAUCACCGCUUGAAAAUGCGAAGAAUAAGAUUGAUCACAUUUAUACUGGGCCCAACACUAGUAAAAUCUAUGAUGACAUGGCUAAUUGUGACCAGGAAGGUCUCCUUAUGGUUCACAGCUCGAAAAUGUAUCCGACUGAAGAUUGCACCUUUUUCCAAGUGUUAGGACGUGUAAUGAGUGGUACCCUACACGCUGGAACAGAUGUACGUGUCCUUGGUGAAAACUACACUCUACAAGACGAAGAAGACUCAAGAAUCCUCACAGUUGGAAGACUAUGGAUCUACGAAUCACGUUAUAAAGUCGAAUUAAACCGUGUGCCAGCUGGUAAUUGGGUAUUAAUCGAAGGAAUUGAUCAAUCCAUAGUGAAAACAGCCACGAUAACUGAUUUAGUUAUACAUGACGACUUGUACAUCUUCAGACCUUUGAAAUUCAACACUCAAAGCAUCAUAAAAAUCGCCGUGGAGCCCGUGAAUCCAUCCGAACUGCCGAAAAUGUUAGACGGACUUCGAAAAGUCAACAAAUCUUAUCCUCUACUCACAACAAGAGUAGAAGAAAGCGGUGAACACGUUGUUCUUGGCACUGGAGAGUUAUAUCUUGAUUGUGUCAUGCACGAUUUACGAAAAAUGUAUUCUGAGAUUGAUAUUAAAGUGGCGGAUCCAGUUGUGGCAUUUUGUGAAACAGUGGUAGAAACAAGUUCAUUGAAGUGUUUUGCAGAGACACCCAACAAAAAGAACAAGAUUACCAUGAUUGCUGAACCCUUGGAAAAAGGAUUAGCUGAAGACAUCGAAAAUGAAUCAGUACAGAUUAAUUGGAAUAAGAAAAAACUUGGAGAAUUCUUCCAGACGAAAUACGAUUGGGAUUUAUUAGCUGCACGAAGUAUUUGGGCGUUUGGCCCGGAUGUAACCGGUCCGAAUAUUCUAGUUGAUGAUACUUUACCUUCGGAAGUAGAUAAAGGUUUGUUGAAUUCAGUGAAAGAUUCAAUUGUGCAAGGGUUUCAAUGGGGUACAAGGGAAGGUCCCCUCUGUGAGGAACCCAUAAGAAAUACCAAGUUUAAAAUCUUGGAUGCGGUGAUUGCGAAUGAGCCUUUGCACAGAGGAGGUGGACAAGUUAUUCCAACGUCGAGAAGAGUGGUUUAUUCUGCUUUCUUGAUGGCUACGCCUAGGUUAAUGGAGCCGUAUUUGUUUGUGGAGGUACAAGCGCCUGCUGAUUGUGUUUCUUCGGUUUAUACUGUGUUAGCUAAGCGCAGGGGUCAUGUCACGCAAGAUGCGCCUGUUCCAGGGUCUCCUUUGUAUACAAUCAAAGCUUUUAUACCUGCUAUUGAUAGUUUUGGUUUUGAGACUGAUUUGAGGACGCAUACACAAGGACAAGCUUUUUGUUUGUCUGUGUUUCAUCAUUGGCAGAUUGUACCUGGUGAUCCCUUGGAUAAAUCAAUCAUUAUCCGACCGUUGGAGCCUCAACCAGCGACGCAUUUAGCCCGUGAGUUUAUGAUCAAGACUCGUAGACGAAAAGGUUUGAGUCAGGACGUGUCUAUCAAUAAAUUCUUUGAUGAUCCUAUGCUGUUGGAGCUCGCGAGGCAAGACGUGAUGCUAAACUAUCCACUUUUAUAAUUUUACACUAAAAUUAUCUAUCUUAAACUGUAUCUUUCUGAAUCUAGGAAGUAAUGUACGUUUUUUAUAACUAUUCCUGCUAAACUAUCUUUGUAAAUCAAUAAAAAUCAAUGGAAAUCAACGCGAA